CCGGUUCCGAAGCAGCUUUGAACGUGCGUCGCGACACGCUAACUGCUAAGCGGCGCGCUACAGUACCGGUCCCGCCGCCACCUGAUGAACGACGACCACCGUUAACGCGCCAACGUUCCGCAGGUAUUACGCGUAUUGUGCGUUAGCGCCGCGCACCGUCCAGUCGUCGAGCUCGAACCGUUUGGCAACGACCGUAAUAACAUAAUAUUAUCGCUCGUUUGUUUUUUUUUUUUUUUUUUGUUAUUAUUAUUCUCCGGUAUAAUACUGUUGUUGUUGUUGUUGUUGUUGUUGCCGUUGUCUUUCGGCGGCGUCCUAAAGUCUGUGCAACGGUAACCAAUGAUAUACCGUUGUCCGGCGGUCAUAAAACACGGCUAUUACAAUAAUAAUUAUCGAAUCGUCGUUAUUGUUGUUAGCGCGGUGGAAAUACGCGUGUUAUUUUAUUUCCUACUCUGCCGUCGUUACACCAUCACUGCGUCGUGCGCGAAACCGGAAAUUUUGCGCGGGUCUCCGAUCUGUCCGCCGAAUUCGUGUUCGAUAUUCGUUCGUAAGUAGGUAUUAUGGUAUUCUCGUUUUCGGCGUGAAUUUGUUUGCGUUCGUUUGCGUCGUUACGAACACAGUAUUAUCAUUGUUUUACCCGCCGAUCGUCACAAUCGUAAAACCACACAGUAAUAUUAUAAUAUUACAUUAUUAAUUAUCGUAUCUACCGCGUACGACUGGAUCGAGUGUUCACAAACGAGUAUUUGGAUUACACCAAAAAAACACUAAAACAGUCAUUUGAUGCCGAUGGUGUCGGACAUGAUAAUAACGCACCACGAAAACACUAUGAAGGACAGACUGUCCGGUAAAUCGCAUGCCGUUUCAAUUCAAAUGGCGCCGCACAUGAACGCGGAGCAAUGUAAUAAUCUCGAAGGUGAAAUGCAGCAGCUUACCGAUAGAACUGGACCGCACCGGAAUCAGGCGAAGAAUAUCAGCAAAGAGGACCCAAUGUCACAUCGUAUAAUAGAAAAACGUCGACGCGAUCGAAUGAAUAAUUGCCUAGCUGAUCUUUCACGGCUCAUACCUGCCGAAUACAUGAAAAAAGGUCGUGGUCGAGUUGAAAAGACCGAAAUAAUUGAAAUGGCCAUCAAACAUAUGAAGUAUCUCCAAUCUAACGUUUCCUCGACGGUUGGGAAUCAGCCACCGCCACGUAGUACAAAUGAACCCACAGAACCAGUGGAAAUCGAAAAGUCCGAGAAUUCUACUCCCGGGGAACCCGAAAACUCCAUUUUGAUGGCAGACCAGUACAAGAUGGGGUUUUUAGAAUGUCUAACCGAGACCAUGCAGUAUCUCGUCGAAGGACAUGGAUAUCCGCCCAACCACGGGUUGUGCUUGUCACUCAUCAAUCACUUACAACAACAUUGUGCUCAAAUUGUCAAAGGGAAACAAGUAAUCCAUGACGUGAUGAAACAAGAAAUUAUACUAGAAGUGAACAAAUUCAAUGCAAACGUACUAACAUACCUGGACAGAGAUGGAGCUUACGACGAGAAUGGUCAACAAAAAAAUUCUUCCAAAAAUUCAAAAUCUCAUACGUCGGUCAGCGCGUCAUAUGAUCAGACCCUUGCAGACAGGUGCAGCAUGUCGUUCACGACGGACUCGUAUUCAUCCAGCGGCUCCAUGUACAAGUUCAAAACGGACAUCAAACAGCGAUUCAGCGCCGAGAACAGUGGCGAGGACAUGCCCGAUUAUUAUGCGCCUGCAAAGAAACGGCGCCGGAAAGAAUCAUCCGACUGCACUGAAGAUAGACAGGAGGUGCCAAUAUUUGCGUUGCACGCCAACGGGUCGUAUUAUAUACCACUUACCGUCAACAGGGACAUUAUACCGCCCAUAUUGGACCACGCGCUAACCGAAAACCGUUCGUCGGUCAUCGUUCACCCGAUAUCGAUUUCGGUCAACUUCCAAGCGACUAAUCAGUUUUAAAAAAUGAUGGCGUAGUCACGACUGACGGUCGGAUCACGACACCGAUACGGCGUGAGGGUAGAGUUGUUGACUAAACCAAUACAACAAAUAACAACGUAUUAGAACAACAUUAUAUAUGUCCUCAGCCAUAAUAUAAAUUUCGCAAUUAUUUGUAUUCUCAAUGCAAUUUAUUAUAUACGUGCGUGAUUUUGUUUUAUUCAGAAAAUAUAUUUUGGGCUGUGAAACUUGCCCAAAAUUUUGUAUCGCCACACUUGGAUAGUAAAUCGAAUACAGAAAUUAUUAUUUUAUAUUAUGCAUGGCUCAUUUUUUGCGAUUCUUAAAAUUUCAAUUUUUUAAAUCGAAAAACGAUCAAAAACUACAAAUCAAUGAGUAAAUAAUAUUGUAAAUCGAAUCCGAUUAACGCUACAUACAGUGGAACCUCGAUAACUCGAAUCGGUUGGAAGCGAAAAAAAAAUUCGAGUUAUCGAAAAUUCGACUUACAGAGGUUACACAUAUGAUAUGUUAUAAAGUAGGGGCCAAGACAUUCUUUCUAGUAUCGAAAAUUCGACUUAUAGAAGUUCGAGUUAUCGAGGUUCCACUGUAUAUCAUAUAUGUAUAUGUACCUAAUUGUUUUUAUUAAUUUUAACACUCAGAAUAAUAAAUAUUUCUUUAAAUGGAAAAUUGUCAAGAACCUCUAGAUCCCUGUUCCCUACUAUAGUGGCAAUACGUACUCAGAUGCACCAUCACAUGUCUUGGGAAUAUGACUUUGUACCGCCGUCUUAACAUUUAUCAAUAUAUUUUCGGUGUCGUGGUAAAUGUGUAUGUUACUUUUUAAGUAUAUAAAUAUAAUGAUUAUAUUAUUACCA